GUUCUUGUUGCUACCGCUGAUUUGUUGACCAAGUUUUGUUCACCUUUCCUUUAAAUAACAACAAAUCCUUACAUAGACUUAAAUUAGAAAUGAUAACAUGAAUUAUUGCAAAAUCCAAAUUAAACAUGGUACAAUUCGGUAAUUGAAAGUAGUCUAUAAGUUGUUGCACAUAAUUAGAUUCAAGAUUUAUUUUUUUUACAUAACAAGCAUAUAAAGUAAUCAUAAAAAUGUCAAGUAAUUUAGAGGUGGACAGUUUUGAGGAAGCUAAAAAGCUCGUGCGAGAUUUAAGGCAGAAAACAAGAGCUCAAGCUCAACAAAUUAUGGCAUGGAGGAAAGCCUUUAAAAUGCAAGAAGUUAUGAUAUCUCGCAUAGAACGUGAAAAAAAUGACCAAUUAAAAGUAUUGAGUUCAAAACUUCUCCUUUUUGAGUCAAGACUGAUCAGAAAACAAAAAGACAUAUCAACGAUGUUAAACAUCAGAGAAACAAUCAUACAGCGCCAACAAAAAAUGAUCGAAACGUUAUCAAAUCGUUUACAGGACAAUGGUCUAGAAGUACCCGCUCAAUCGGAAAUUACAGAAUUAGAAUUCGCUUUUCCCGAUUUAGAUUCUCUUAAUGAUUCUGACAGUGCCGUCGUGAUGGAGGACCUCGAUUGUGAUCACCCUUACCAAGUUCCCAAGUUUAGAAACAUGGACGGAGUUACAGUUAUGCGAUCAAUAUCAGACGCAAUAGAUCCAAAUUUGAAGUAUUCUUCUACAAGACGAACCAACGGUUUCUUACGUCGUCCAGAGAUACUAGAAACUGUUUACAGUGUUGAAGAGGAUGCCGAUAAUGAUCAAGAAAAUAAACUCGACGCGAAUAAACGAAGGGAAUCGUUCGCUAAUAGAGGCAAAUCAAAUUGCAACAUCGAAAGUCAAAUUAUACAGGAUAAAUCGUUGGAGGAAAAAAGGAUGGUUGAUGAAAGUAGUUCAUUUGAAGAAACUUUGUCCAAUAAUAUUUCUUGGUCGUAUAUGAACGAGAAACCAGUCGAGACAACAGAAGAUAAUUCAAAAAAUCAGGUGAAGAAGUACAACCGAGUGAUGUCCAAUCACAGAUCAGUAACGAAACCGAAAGAUGUUAAGUACAAAAGGAUAAAUAAAGCCAAGUCAAAAAGUCUGGAGGAAUUAAGAGGAAAAUUGAAGAAUUGGGUCGAACAAGGAACUAAAAUAUCAAGUUACAGUUUGGAACACAGUCAAAGUUACGCCUAACGUGGGCGCGUUCUACAUUUUUAUCCGGCUUUGUAUAUUGUUUUCAUUCGGAGUGGAUGCUUUCAAUACCUAUUCUUUUUUCUGUAUUUUGACCAUACUUUAUCUCCUCUAUACUUUUUUCUGUUUUCUCUCCCCAUUUUCUUAAUUUGGUGUUUUUUUUGAAUCCCCUACUUAUAGUUUUUGCCUCUUUAAUUUCUUUCACUUCAUAAAAAUUCCAUUGUUUCUUAUUUAUUUUUUCUAUUAUUGUUUCUUGUUAUGUUAUUAAUAUCUAUUCUUUUCUUCACUAUUGUUUUGAUGUUUUCUUUCUAUUGUCUUUAUUUUUGUCUUAUUUUUCCUUCUGAUUAUCCAAUUUUCAUAUUUUUUUGAUUAGAUAUUUCUUUUUUUAAUAUGUGAUACAUUUUUUUCUUUUCUCUUCUUCCUCCCAUUUAUCCCUCUUUGUGGUAAAUAUUUUCAUAGUUUUCUUUUUAUUUCUUCUAUCUGGAUAAUCAGUUAUCUUCUUGGUCUGCAUUAUUGCUUUAUCCUUAGAAAGCUUCAUCUUGAUUUAAAAUAUAUGGGAGAUCAUAUAUCAAUUUUGUUGAAAUUUCCAAACAAAAUGGCGAUUUUUAAAUACUUUUGACUGAUGUAAGUGGAAAUAAAAAUUUUACAAAUCGCGAAAACACAUCUAUCAACAAAUACCUGGUUUAGUAAACAAAAAAAUAAGCUUUCUAGCAAAAUUUCUUUAUUCAUCAAAGUUGUUUCCUUUCAAAGAUGAUUCAAAUACUUCUUUAACCUUCCUAUGACAUUUUGGUAUACCAUUGUUCCUUUAACCUCAAAAUAGUUUCUAUUCCAGCAAUAAAUUCUUAAUAAUUUUUCACCUAUAACAUUUUUUUACUAUGCAAACACCUAGUAGUCACUGGGUGCCAAGUUUGGAGAAUAUGGUGUCGAAGCUACUUGACUAUAAUCUAGUGACAUGGUGCAUUGGAAGAGGUUUUUUGUAGUAAUCUAUCUCUAAUUAGUUCAAUAUAUAUUCCAAAAUUCAGAGCUUAUACCUUCACUGACUGAUUACUGCUCAUUUUCUUCUUCUUCACUCAGUGUCGUGUCUGUAGUCAUCUCCAACUACAUUUUUAGGACUGUUUAAAUGUUUUUUUUUGUAAAAUCACUUCCUUUCAACAUCCUGAUCAUUGAACAUAAUCAUUGUUCAUUUGAAACCCCACAUGGUUGAUUUCUCAUGAAGUUAUUUUUUUUAGUAUUGGAAAUAAACAAAAUUUGACCUCUAUCGUAUGAAAGAUGAUAUAAGGAGGACAAAAAUUGAAAUUUAAUUUUUGGUGACCUGUAUUAGUAACUAGGAACUUGUUGAUUGAUUCAUUACCUUUCAUAUUGGUAGGUAGGACAAAUUGAGUUCAGUUUUAUAUUUUGAUAUUGUUAUAACGUUUCUCCGUUAAAGGUUCAUGAAUAACACUGUAAAAGUUGAUUCAAUACUCAAAACUGUAUCACACCAAUUCAAACUCUACAAUCAUUUUAAUAACGAAUACUUUACUUCACUCUUUAUAUCUUUACUUCCAAGAAUGCUUGUAUCGUUUCUUGCAUAUCUUCUAGAACAUAGUAGAAACUUAUGCCUAGUUCUGUGGUCCUGAAACAUCUAGAAAAGUAGUUACCCAACAAUAGAUGGAGCCACCCUCCUUUUAUAGUUUCCACUACAUUAAGUUAUGACUUGCGCCGUCAAAAGGCGCAUGGCUGUGUAUCCGUCACAUAAUUAAUAUGAGCAUUUGAUUUUGUGACAAAUUUUUGGUUUUAUAGAAAACUACGAUGAUAUAUUGUCGAGAAAGCGAUUUCAUACAAUUUUUUAUCCACUCUGUAUGAUUUGUUUUAUUUUUGAAUGCUGCACGUUUGAAAUUAAAAGUAUUAUUGUCUUGUUAACUAUAUUAUAAUAAUAAUAACGUUUACCUGCUAAAGGUUGUGAUAUAUAUAUGUAUACAUAUAUUACAAAUGUUUUCCUCAAUUUACGCGGUACAAAAAGUAUACUUUUUGUGAAAAAUUACGGAGCACGAUCAAUUUUUUUAUUUAAUGAGUAAUUUUUAUUGUAUUUGUGAUAAUUAUCUUGAACGUUUUAAAAAAAACAAUGACAAUCCUAUAAAUUUUUGGAAUUUGUUCUACAAAAAUCACUAAUCAACUGAUAUUUAAUGUAAAAACUUCCAAUUAACUAGUUUUUACAUAAAUAAUUGCAUUUGCAUUGCAUUUUUUAGACUGUUAUAGCUGUCACAUAUUUUAUUCAUUUUUCUAUGAAUUUUUCACGCACUUGUCUAUGAAUUGAGACUAUUUUUCAAGGAAUCUCCCUCCUUAUGUUGCUGCUAAUGUUUCCACAAAAUGGUGCUAGAUUUAAAAGUUAUAUAAAUAGUUAGAUAGUGGAAAUUAUUUUUUCAAUUAUUACUUUAUGCAAAUUUUGUUAUGACAGGAGGAAGGAGAACGCGCGAUAAUAGACAGAUAUUCUUCUUGAAGUAAAAACUGACCUAUUUGUGUAUUUUUUCCAAAAAAAAUCUUGUUUUCGAGAUAGUAAAACUAUUUACGCUUCGUUGUCGCACCAUGUAUAGUUUAUUUUUAAAAAUGAUCGUCGAAUUAUCUAAAAAUAAAAUGAAAACAUAUCCAUGUAAAUAUUUCGUACUCAAAAAUUGGAAUCUUUUAUAUUAAUAUUCACUUACAAGUUCGUUUUAUGUGUCAGCUUUGAAUUUUUCUUUUCAAAUGAUGAAUCAUAAAAAACAUGUCAGUUAUAAUAAUGAUAACUUUUUUUUUCUAAUAGAAAAAUCACUUUAAAUUGUUUUUAAAAUGCUGUCAUUAGAUAGUACAUACCAGGACGGGUCAAAACUUUUUCAAAUGUAUCAAAAUAACUAUUAUUCACCUCUGAAAUAAUUUCGAAAUUCAUUAUUUCGAAAAUGUAUUUUGCAGUUCUUCAAAGGAGAAAACUACUUCCCUGGCUAAGGCCUCGACGAAUAUUGAAUUACAACUCUGAAGAGCGUGAUGUCAAUCGACCUUUUGUCGAUAUUAACAUCCCCAAUGGCUCCCAAUUGCAAGGAGAGGUUGUAAUUGCAGACUAGUUUCGACGUCAUUACGUCUCAGAGCAGUUUAACAACCCUCGAUCGAGCUUGAAACCCGAACUGAAGACAACGUCAAAGAGCGUCGCUGUUUGGUACAUGUAGUCAAACAUUUCCCCGCGAACACUAAAUUCCAGCUACGAACCACUGGUCAGUUAGUCGCCGAUAAUAUAGAUUUCGAUGGUAAAUAAGGUGUGUAAAAUGUGUCAAAAUAAAAGAUUUCUACUUUUCACUUCUGAAAUAAUUUUGAAAAUCAUUAUUUCGAAAAUGUAUUCUGCCGUUCUUCAAAGGAAAAAACAACUAGUUUCCUGGCUAAUGACCUCGACGAAAAUUGAAUUACAACUUCUCUAAAGAGGGUUUCAAGCUCGAAUGAGGGUUGUUAAACUGCUCUGAUGAGACGUAAUGACAUCGAAAUUAAUUAGUAGUUACAAUCUCUUCUUGAAAUCGCGAGCCAUUGGUGAUGUUAAUAUCGACUUCAGGUACUUUUUGAAGAAUCUUAUAAUUGUAUUAUUUCCUUAUCAUACCUUUCGGUCGAACUUGGAAGCAUCAAUAAAAAAAUAGGGCCAAGAGUGAAAGAUUUAAUUAUACAGUCGAUGUCUUUUUUAUGUCGAAUUCUAACAAAUUAAUUUGGGAUUCGUAUGAGCUUGUUCAAAUUUUGAUAUAUGACAGAUGACAGGAGUAGUCAUACACUUUUAUUUAAGAGGCGGGAAUUUCAAAAAUUCAUUUAUGAAUUUUCCAAUUCUAAACACACUGUUUAUACUACAACUACACCAACCUGACAAUUACACUUCCUGAUGCCGCGCGUUUCGAUAACCAAGUUAUCGUCUUCAGAGACUGAAGUAAACAGUUUGCCCAAAACGAUAGCAUUGGCUCUGAUGACUGCAAAAAAUAGACUUCAUAGAAACUACCAGUUAUUAGAUUGUUGAUUUAGUGAUAAAUGACUGUUGAUUUAUUUAAAAUUAUUGAUCGGGGUCCGAAUAUAAGCUACAGAUAAUAAAUAGGGUUAGGCAAAAUAACACACAGUUCCACUAAAAUGUGGAACUUAAGUAUGGGAGUAACUGCGCUUUUGGUAAUAUUUUUCACAACUUCAAAUCAUUCAAAACUAAUCGAACUUCCACUCAUAUUAAUUAGUUACAAUAAGUACGAGGUUGGUCCAAAAAUAUCGAAUCUAUUUUGAUAUGUUUCCACUUCCCGAAGUAUUUUGGAAAUUAUUUUUUUUAUAAAAAGAUCAAAAUUAAUCUAUCAAAUUUAUUUAAAAUUUUGACAGAAAUCGUCCAUUUCUUUCUUUAAACCAACCUCGUAAACAUUAAGGAAAUUUAUAAGGAAUGAAAAACAUCUGUUUCUGGUAUUCAGUGAUUUGGAAUUAGCAUAUGACUGUCUCUAGAAUGGAAAUACGAUACUAAAGAAAAUAUCUAUAAAAGGUUAAUAAAACACUGAUGAGGUAACACGAAGAGAAUAAGAAUUUUAUUGUCGCACUCUUACAAUUCGAGAAAACACCAUAGAAUAAUUAUUAAAAAUAGAGGUACGGAGUUUAUUAUAGUAUACCAGAACAUCUAAUAGAGAGAGAAAGAACAUCGGUAUACCACUAACUAUAUCUACUCUAUUCUGAUUAGUACAAUUCCACUUUCAAGCUGCUAUCUCUAUUUCUAACUUUAACUCUAUGUACAAAAUACGUCCGGAUGAGACGUUUUAGAAGAGAUUGUAAUGUCAUUCUGAUAAAAUUCGCUUGUCCAUCCUACAAUCUAUUCGUAAGAAUGGUGGACGACACCAAGACGGUUUCAGAGCUGAUCAAGAAUUUCCGAAUCGUUUUAUCGAGCUUAAAAUUAUGUAAACGAGCAUCGAAAGGGUAUAGUUGUGAAAUUAAUAAAGUAGGUGUGGUCGUGUGACGUUUCAACGCGAAAACAACAUUUUAAAAAGCCACCUACCCUCGUAACGUUAAGCAGGCUCAAAUGCCUUCCCAAAAAGAGUAACGCCUUAAAGGUAUUUUUUGUUAAUUAUACGAUUUCAUUGGUUGGUAAUGGUAGUGUUGUUGGUAAUUUACCAGUUGCUCCUCUACAUGCACUCGAAGCUUUUUACUUAUAUGAAUAAGCCUAUCUUUCCUAAGACUUGACACAAUAAUAACAUGCAAAUUGUUUUAUAUUUUAAAACGACGACUGUCAAUUUUUUUAUAAAUAUUUUAAAAAAUGUUCGCUCUUCCUGCCUUUGUACAUAAUCAGCCACUUUUUGUGUUUUAGUUGAUUAUUUUAAAUAAAUUAUUAAUAAAGUUUUAUUUAUAUCAAA